AUGGAUACAAAAGAAAUGUCGCCGUCGUUCAGCCAUGGCACGGCUGAUAGCACUCAGUCAAGCCCUAAGAGUAAUCUGGAGGCGGUCCCGAUUAUUGAAGAGAUUGGCGAUUCCUACGAUGCACCUAUGACUAUGAAGCGGUUUCUGGGUUUGACUGCAAUGGCGUUCCUCUGGACUGGCUCUCAAAUCCCUAUCUACCUGUUCGGCGGUAUUCCUCCCUAUAUCUAUGCUUCAAUAGGUGGAGCAGAUCGUUGGAUCUGGUUUGUUUUGGCAAACUUGCUUGCACUAGCAGGUAUCUGUCCAUUCGUUGGUAGCUUGUCAGAUUUGCUGAGCCGUCGAUACGUCGCCAUCCUUGGUGCUGUACUCGUCUGUCUCGGAUUGAUAGUAUCAAGCACGGCCAAUACGAUGAACACUUUUAUCGGAGGCAUGGCCAUUUCCGGUGCUGGCGCAGGUAUCAACGAAUUAACAGCCCUCUCAGCGACUGCCGAAAUGGCACCAACCCGCAAACGCGGUACAUACGUUGCAGCAUUGAUAUUCACAAUCCUCCCUUGGUCCGCCUCCGUGAUGUGGGCUCAAUUGAUUGCCUAUCACUCAAACUGGAGAUACGUCGGUUUACUCGCUGGUAUCUGGAACGGACUCGGGUUGUUCUUUACUGUAUUCUUCUACUUCCCUCCUAAGCGGGAUCAGAGUGAAGGUCUUUCAAAGAAGGAGAUCAUUUCGAGGAUUGAUUUCGUCGGUGGAUUUUUGAGUAUAGCUGGAUUGAUCUUCUUUUUGGCUGGCAUGCAAUGGGGUGGUUAUCAGUACUCCUGGACGACAGCCCAUGUCCUUGUCCCCCUCAUUCUCGGAUUUUUCAUCCUGGUCGCCUUCGGUUUCUGGGAAGUCUACGGAGCUCGUUAUCCCAUGAUACCAGGAAAGAUAAUGCAGGAACCUCGCACGCUCGGUCUGACAUUACUGAUCACGUGGAUUUCCGGCGCGAACUUCAUUUCUGUCAUUCUGUUUUGGCCAACACAAAGCUUUAACCAGUUUGGUCAUGAUCCCGUGGGUGUUGGAUUUCGUUCGUUACCUGUUGGAUAUGGUAUCUUGGCCGGUGCAUGUAUCACGCUUUGCUUGUUGUCGUAUAUGAAGGGCCAUAUCAAGACGUUGAUGAUUGGAAGUAGCGUUCUGAUGACUGCUGGAUGUGGUGCUAUGGCUGUUGCGCGAACCGACAAUCUCAGUACUCUAUGGAUCAUCCUGAUCAUUGGAAGUCUUGGAAUAGGCGGCAUCGUUGUCCCAGCAAGUAUCAUGACGACCAUCAUCUGUCCUGAUGAUCUAAUCGCCACAAUCGCAGCCCUAACACUCUCCAUCCGCGUCGUCGGUGGCGCAAUCGGCUACACUAUUUACUUCAACAUCUUCGUGAACAAAUUCAAGACAAACUCCAUCCACUACAUUGGCGGAUUGAUGAGCACAAAACUCGGCAUCACAAACAUCACUUAUAUCGCCGAAGCAAUUGAACUCACGACCGCUUCCCUGCUUGAAGAACUGCAGACCAUCCCCGGCAUUGCUGGAAACACAACAGCGUACGAGAUGGUUGUCGCGGCGGGGCAGGUUGCGUACGCUGAGAGUUAUAAGUAUGUUUAUUUGGCGUCUAUUGCAUUUGGAGCGCUUUCGAUUGGGGCUUCGUUGUUCUUGGAUGAUAUUACCAAGUAUAUGGAUGAUCAUGUCGCGGUCCAGUAUCAUUGA